GUGCCAUGGACCGUACAUUUCUCACCCUCUUCCCGGUCUGUAUUCAUUUGUCAUUGGUCACUGGCCUAUUUCAUCUGUCGACCAACUUCUGCCAGUCACAACUCCACCCCCACGCGACAGUAUCAUGUCUAUUAACUGCGCUCGCUUGCAUGAAAACUGACAUAAAGCCUCCGACUGGACACAGAUCUGAUGCCUCUACGGUGUUUAUUAUAUUCUAAUUGUAUUGUUCUUUGGUUGCGAUCCACCCUUUAUUAAUGCAUUGUCUGAAACGUCUGCGGACUACAAAUGCGGGAGUUUUACAACUGCUCAAACAUGCUGUCAACUACAUACGAGUUGGGUGUGACAGCAAUGGCUUAUCCAGGAGCGAGCAACCAUCUCAGCUGUUAUGCACAAGCGCAUCAUCACACAGCCAGAGUCAGCAACCCUUCCAUCAUCAAGCUGUCAAUGAUAUGGACCAAGCAGAGUGCAGGAAAAAGUUGAUCUCUGGGAUGGAGGACCUUCUCUUCUUCACCAUUACAGAGGGCAAAGAGAUGAUCCCUGUCUCUCAGUUCAUCUCUGCAUUGAGGAGCACAGGUUUAUUGACAUCGGAUCCCAGGCUGAGUGACUGUAUGCGUCAGCUGUGCCAGUCAAUGCCGGACUCUGCUGGAACAGUCAUGAUGGACCAGAAACUAUUCAGGAAGUGUGUGGGGGCUAACAUCCUGCUGCUGACCCAGGCGUUCAGGAGGAAGUUCAUCAUCCCAGACUUUGAGGCAUUUGCGUCCAACAUCGACCAACUGUACUACAGUACCCAGAGGCGGGAGGGGGGACACGUAGCAGAUUACAUUCCUCAACUGGCUAAAUUCAGCCCUGAUCUGUGGGGUGUGUCACUAUGCACCGUGGAUGGACAGAGACAUUCUGCAGGUGACACCAACGUUCCAUUCUGUCUUCAAUCAUGUGUGAAGCCUCUAGGGUACGCCAUCGCUGUGCACGAGAUUGGCACUGAGCAUGUGCAUCGCUACGUGGGCAAAGAGCCCAGCGGACUCAAAUUCAACCAGCUGUCACUGGAUGAGGAGGAUAAACCACACAACCCUAUGGUGAACGCCGGGGCUAUCGUCAUCACUUCUCUGCUCAAGCCUAACUCGAACAAGGCAGAGAGGUUUGAUUAUGUAAUGGAAUACUUAAAGAAGAUGACCGGCACAGAGUAUGUGGGCUUCAGCAACGCUACUUUCCAAUCAGAGAAAGAGACCGGGGAUAGGAAUUUUGCUAUUGGUUACUACCUGAAGGAGAAAAAAUGCUUUCCUGAGAAUGCAGAUAUGAUUGCAGCCCUCGACUUCUACUUCCAGCUGUGCUCCAUCGAGGUGACGUGUGAGUCAGGCAGUGUCAUGGCCGCCACACUGGCCAACGGGGGCAUCUGUCCAAUCACAGGCGAGCAGGUGCUGAGUGCGGAGGCCGUUCGGAACACCCUGAGCCUCAUGCACUCCUGCGGGAUGUACGACUUUUCUGGCCAGUUCGCCUUCCAUGUGGGUUUACCUGCUAAGUCUGGCGUUUCUGGUGCAGUACUGCUGGUGGUCCCUAACGUCAUGGGAAUAAUGUGUUGGUCUCCUCCGUUAGACCGUGUCGGAAAUAGUGUCCGAGGCAUUCACUUCUGUCAGGAACUGGUUUCUCUCUUUAACUUCCAUAACUAUGACAACAUGAGACACUUUGUAAGGAAGCUGGACCCUCGCAGACAAUCACUUGAUGAUAGGAACAAGUCAGUGGUGAAACUGAUGUUUGCAGCUUACAGUGGAGAUGUCUCUGCCCUGAGGAGGUUUGCUCUCUCGGCUGUGGACAUGGAAAAGAAAGACUAUGAUUCUCGUACAGCCCUCCACGUGGCGUCAGCUGAAGGUCAUGUGGAAGCGGUGAUCUUCCUAACAGAGACGUGCAAAGUGAACCCCCAUAUAAAGGACAGGUGGGGAAACACACCCCUGGAUGAUGCCAGGCAGUUUGGUCGGGACGGGGUGGUGUCAGUCUUGACGGAGUACCAGCGGAUGUACCCAUGCAGUAGUGAGUCCCAGUCCGAAACAGAAGACCAGAGAAAGUUAGACACAUUGAAGGUGGUGGUUUAAGCCAGACAGAAUGGAUGUGUCUAACAAUAUUUAAUACAAGAGGCAUUGGCUGUUUCAUUCCAGGAAAUUGUCGCCUUCCCCUAUACCCUAUAUUACUCCCCUUAACAGAUCUGAUAGGACUGGAUAGGCCCAAGCAAUAUGGCGGAAAGCAAGAAGAGCUAUAAGAAACACCUUCUCAGGUAGACAGGUGACAACGUUUUGGAAUUAAAUGCAGCCAUUUCGUGCCAUUAGUGAAGAGGUGUAAGUGAGUAUAUUUGAUAUGGUCCCACAUCACUGUGUAUAAAGGUUGGGGUUCGCCACAUCAUAUCGCACUCCGCUGUGAGAGAUUGUGCUGUCCCAAGCACACUUUCUUUGGCCAUGUUGCUGCACAUAAAACUUCUGGAGUCUUCAGGAGUGGACAGAAUCAAUGUAGCACUGUUUCAAGUUGACAUGGCACCAACAAGUGAUCAGUUGCAAGUUCAGGUGAACUUGGCAGUUAUUUGUUUGUAAGUACACACACACUUUGUCCUUACUCGUCACUUAAAAAUGCCAGUCUGAUGCACAUUUUAUGUAUAUAUGCUGCCUGUAUGUGACCAGUGUUUGUAAUGUAUUUAUACAAUGUUUUGUGAUGUGUUUAAUUAUGUAUGACGCUACAUUAGUAUUUUGUUAGUGGAUUUAUGCCACUAUACAUAUAACUGCAUUAUGCACACAGCAUUGUAUGUAACGUUACAUAUUGGCAGGUUAUAAAUAUACUGUACAAAUCUAGAAAUAUAUUAAGUAGGAAAGUAUAUAUUAAUCUACCUCAAUAGGAAGUACACCAGUAUCAUAAGCAGGUCAGAAGACAGGAGUGAACUAUGAGGAACCUAUGAGCCAUGGAUCAUGAGGAUGAGGUAUUUGACAAUCAUUUUUCUUCUAGUCUUUUCUCCUCUUUGGUGUGAAUACUUAUAACACGGAUUGGCCCAACAUAAGAGAAACACAUAUUUUAUGUAACUAUAGAAACGGCAUGUCUAAAUGGGAUCGUUUAGAGUGACUGAGACUGAUGAAUAUUCAUGUAUGACAGUGUCCCAUCAGCAUUUCCUUUUAUAUGUACAUGAAUCUAUUGAUUCAGAUGAAUGUUGUUUUGAUAUGUUGUAGAACCAAAGACACACACAUCCAGGGUUUUCUUACUGUGAUUAAGUGAUGUUGUGCUACAGACUGCUUCCUCAGGUUAAACUGUCAAUGUAAGCUUGCUGCUGUAAAUAAAUGAGUUAAAAUGUA